GCAGCUGUCAGUUGUGUUCGUCCUUCUCGUCAAAAUCUGUUGCAGACUCGACUAAAGUGUUUAGCAGCUCAGUGUACUUUGAGAGCUUAACCAAUGUACGGACCUAUGGGAGUUAAAUAUUGUUCUCCCCAUAACAACAUAUAUCACAGCGUAAAGUUGACUGCCUUGCACUUUGGUAACUGUUGGAUGGUAAAGGUAGACUGAGUUGGCUUCUUUGAGCAGGAAGGUUAGGCUACCCUGGAAGACUACACCUAAAUACGUGUGUUGUUUUAAGGAUUUUUAUGCGAAGUUUCUUCUUCCCAAUGUUAAUCUAUCAUUGAGUGCGAGGUAGCAUCGCUGGAAGCAUACAGGACUGCUGCCAAUCUGUGAGGUUGGGACUUGUUGCGUGAAAAACACAUCCCCCGGGAAUAGUGUUUUCGGGUAAACCCUUUUUUUAAACCAAUUUGCAUUCAAGUCGGUGCGUGUCAGUGGUGUUUUGAUUUCACAACAGGACAGAUUAUCGAGUGUCUGUGGUGGGUGUUCCCCAAUCCUCUGAUUCUAGUCCUGACAGUAUACAAGUCAGGUCGACUUUGUGGAGACUGGAGAGCGAACAUGAGACUGGAUGUGAUGGACUUCAGGCGUGAUUAAAGAAAUUGAAGUAAUUACCUAGGCCUACCCAACUGCCUGACCGGAGCGGCUCUAAUGGUCUAACGGAACAGCCCUCGCCAGAUGUGCGCUGGAGUCCAGUUCCGUGGUUCAUAUUUUUGGAAAGGCGCAGCAGACACCUCCAUAGCCUACCCGUGCACUUAUAUGUAAAUAAAUGGCACCCAUAAUACGUCGAAUUUAGUGAUUUUCUAUAGCCUGUAACUGCUGAGAAGAUGUCGGAGCAAGAGCGCUAUGGGGACGGACUGUGCGACGAUGGAGCUCCGGAGAUCAUCCCGCCGAGAGCGUCCAGGACGGGAAGGCGGAGCGGAGUCAUCCUCCCUGGCCAGGACAACGAUACCAUCGUCCUGGAGGCAGUGAGGGCAGCCCCACGCAGGAGCAGCAUCAUCAAGGAUCCUUCAGUGCACAAGGUGGCUGGCGGGCGCAAGAAAACGGUGUCCUUCAGUAGCAUCCCCUCAGAGAAGAAGGUGAGCAGCGCUGCUGACUGCCUGGCCUUCAUGCAGGGGGGCUGUGAGCUGAAGAAGGUGCGUCCCAACUCCCGGGUCUACAGUCGUUUCUACACCCUGGACCAGGACCUCAGCUGCCUGCGCUGGGAGCCCUCUAAGAAGGACGGGGAGCGCGCCCGCCUGGACAUGGCCACUAUCAGGGAGGUUAGGACGGGGAAGAGCACUGAGACCUUCCUGCAUAACGGACCUGCUGCAGAACAUCUGGCUGAGGAGGCAGCCUUCUCUAUCAUCCAUGGGGAUGACUACCAGUCUCUGGACCUGGUGGCUCUCUCCCCUGACGUGGCCAACAUCUGGGUAACGGGGCUGCGCUACCUUGUGUCCCACCCCUCUGUCAUCGGGCAUGGGGGGGGGGCAGGUGGCGGAGGAGGUCUGGGAGAGGGGAGCAUCAUAGGGGAGGGUAGCCUCGGCAGUAAGAUGAGGAGGGAUUGGCUGGCCGCAGAGUUUGCAGAGGUGGAUGAAGAUGGAUACGGGGUCGUCUCAGAGGAUACGGCCGUGGCAACCAUCUGCAAGCUGUAUCCUGGGAUCAAGGAAGCUAAGGUGCGCCUGAGGUUCAAGGAGAUCCAGAGGAGCAAGGAGAAGCUGACGUCUCACGUGACGCGCGAGGAGUUCCAGGAGGCCUUCUGUGAGCUAUGCACUCGCCCAGACGUCUACUUCCUGUUGGUCCAACUCUCCAAGGACCGCGAGUGUCUGGACGCCCAGGACCUCCGUCUCUUUCUGGAGACGGAGCAAGGCCUGUCUCUGGCCACGGCCGAGGGCUGUCUGGAACUGGUCCGACGCUUCGAGCCCUCCGGUCCUGGGAAAGAGAGAGGUCUACUGGCUCUGGAUGGAUUCUCCCGCUACCUGCAGUCCCCAGAGUGCCAGCUGUUUGACGUGGAGCACCAGGCAGUGUGUCAGGAUAUGAGCCUGCCCCUGUCCCACUACUACAUCAGUACCUCCUAUCGGUCCUAUCUCCUGGAUGACCAGGUCCAUGGGAGGGCUGAUCUAGGGGGCCUGACCAGGGCUCUCCAGGCCGGGUGUCGGUGCCUAGAGCUGGGGGUGACAGACGGCCCAGAGGGGGAGCCACUCCUGGGGGUGGACUAUGGUCCUGAUGCCCACCACCACCACCACCACCACCAUCAUCACCACCACGCCCCGGUCACCAUCCGCAGUGCCCUGGAGGUGGUCAAUAAGUACGCCUUCCUGACCUCGCCCUAUCCACUUCUGCUCUACCUGUGCCAGCGCUGUUCUCCCUCCCAGCAGCGUACCUUGGCCCAGCACCUGAGGAAAGUGUUCUCUACACGUCUCUACACCCCUGAGGCCCUGCCGGUCAGCCUGGGGGGGCGAGCCACCACCCUACCCUCCCCAGAGCAGCUGAAGGGCCGAGUGCUGCUGGUGGGGAAGAAGCUACCGCCCGAAGAGGAGGGGUCUGAGGGAGAGGUGUCAGAGGAGGACGAGGAGAUAGGGGGAGGCGGGCCCUUGGCUGGUCGGAAAAUGACCAUACCCGGGGAGGAGGAACUGGGCGCGGUUUUAGUGGUGCCCCCGCCCCCUCAGCCCAGGAGACUCCGCCUCCGACAUGAGCUAUCAGAUCUUGUGGGCGUGGCUAGAACUGGAAGCCGUAGCUUCUACAACCACCGAGAAACAAGGAAACAAGGACAGCAGCACUCCCCGCCCAGCACCCCCUCCACGCCGGGCACGCCCUUUCCCCCUGAGUCGCCCUAUUGGACACUGUGCUCCCUGGGGGAGGGAGAAGCGGGACGGCUGGCCAGUGAGAGCCCAGAGGAAUUAGUAAGCUUCACCAAGCGCACCCUGAGCCGUGUUCGGCCAAGCUCCGUCCGCCUGGACUCCUCCAACCCCAACCCCCAGGGCUACUGGAAGGGCGGGGUCCAGCUAGUGGCCCUCAACCAGCAGACCCCCGGGGCCAUGCUGGACCUCCACAGAGGCCGGUUCACCCAGAACGGGGGCUGUGGCUUCGUGCUGCGGCCAGGGGUCAUGAGAGAUGAGGUGUCCUACUUCAGUGCUGUGACCCAGGGCUGUGUGCCUGGCGUUCCCCCUCAGACCCUCAGGGUGAAGGUGAUCAGCGCUCACAGCCUGCCCAAGCCGCAGGGUGCCGGGGCUAAAGGAGAGGUUAUAGAUCCCUACGUGGUUCUGGAGCUGCAUGGGGUACCGGCGGACUGCGCUGAGCAACGGACCAGGACUGCAGCACAGAACCAGGAUGACCCACUGUUUGAUGAGACUUUUGAGUUUCAGGUGAACAUGCCGGAGUUGGCGCUCCUCCGCUUCGUGGUAUUGGACGAUGACUACAUCGGAGACGACUUCAUUGGCCAGUACAGCGUGGCCUUCGAGUGCCUUCAGCCGGGCUACCGCAACGUGCCCCUGCUGGGUCUGGUGGGAGACCCCUUGCCCCACGCCAGCCUAUUCGUCCAUGUGGCCGUGACCAAUCGGCGAGGGGGGGGCAAGGCCCAGAGGAGGGGUCUGUCUGUGCGGAGAGGGGUACGGCGGGGGCGAGAGUACGUGACCCUACGGAACACGGGUAUUAAAGCUCUGGAUGAUACGUUCCGUCCCGCUAGCGCCCCUCUCAAGGAGGCCACGGACUUGCGUGAGGAUGCACAGAGGGCCAGUAUGACUUUCAAGGAGCAUUGUGGGCUCCCCCCAGUGGCCAAGCUGAAGCAGUGCAUCCAGACCCUGGCCACGCGGCUUCAGACCCCAGAGGGCCCUCCGGGGGCCAGCAUGACCCUGAAGGACGGCUACCCCCACUUGGAGGCCCUGGGCAGCAUCACUGACACCACGCGCAAACUACUGAGCCACUAUGAUAUGAUGAUCUCAGCCCAGAAGCAGCUGAUUGAGAAGGCAGACGCUGUGCAGGAGAGGAUUGCACAGGUUCAGAGAGAGGGAAUGGAGUUUCAUGAGGAGCUGCCCAGGCUGGGAGAGAAGGAGGGGCUGAAGGGGCGCAAGCAUAGUAAAGCCCUGGAGAGUUUCACCUGGAACAUCACUGUCCUCAAGGGUCAGUGUGAUCUCCUGCAUGGUGCCAAGGCAGACUCUCUGGAUGCUCUGAGACAGUUGGCCCUGGCCUGUGAAGCCUGUGGCUUGACCUCUACCACCUCCUGCGGUCCCUCUGACCUCUUCUACACCCCUCACGGCAGGAGAGGCAGCACCCAUGGCAAUGGACGAAUCUGACACACCCAACCUACCAGAGAGAGGGAGGGGGAGAGAGGGAUGGAGAGAGAGGGAGGGGGAGAGAGGGAUGGAGAGAGAGGAAGGGGGUGGGGACAGAGAGAGAGUGGAAUGGUAUAGAAUAAAGGCCAGAGCCUAUCCCUUUAUCCAGAAUAAAGUAGCAAGACUAUUGAAGAAUCGUUGCAGUAAUUUGAAAGCCUCACUUUGUGUUCUUCAGUCCUGAGGCUUUUUAACAAAACAUGAAUGUUCUUACGUUACGUAAAAAACACUUGUGCUUAUUUAACAAUGUGAACUUGAACUUAAUAUAACUUUCUCAGUUUCUUUCUAAUGGAAAACACGGACUAAAUGAAAACAUUUUCUCAAUGUUUUUUUUGUUUCUCCCUAAAAGGAAAUUGUGAUUGUGAACACAAAACAUUGUUCUGCUGUGAGGAAGAGUGGUGGUGAUCUUUAUUUUUAUUUGACCUUUAUUUAACUAGGCAAGUCAGUUAAGAACAAACUCUUAUUUUCAAUGACAGCCUAGGAACAGUUGGUUAACUG